GUGCCGGGUGGUGGCUGGCUUGCAGGCUCGGGGCUGUGGUGGCCUGGCGGAGGGGGAUGAAGCUGCUGCGGGGGCCGCUGGGGGCUGCCCUGGGCCUUGUGUUGCUGCUGCUGAGCCCGGUGCAGACGGUGGAGCCCAUCAGCCUCGGGCUGGCGCUGGCUGGCGCCGCCUCAGCGCUCACCGGCCUCAUCUCCUAUCCCCGCCUCUACUGCUACUUCAGGGAGUGCUGCCUCCAGUGGGAGGGGGCCCGGGCGGGAGCAGCACUGCAGGAGGAUUUGGACAAGAAACUAUUUGGCCAGCACCUCGUGAAGAAGGUGAUUGUGAAAGCUGUGAGUGGCUUCUUGAACAAUACAAACCCCAAAAAGCCUCUCACCCUCUCCUUGCAUGGGUGGACUGGUACUGGCAAAAACUUCGUCAGUAAAAUAAUUGCAGAGAGUAUCUACGAAGGAGGCCUGAACAGCAAUUAUGUCCAUCAGUUUGUGUCCACUUUGCAUUUUCCCCAUGCACAUAGUGUUGGCCAGUACAAGGACCAGUUGCAGUCAUGGAUUCGGGGAAAUGUGAGCGCCUGUGGCAGGUCAAUCUUUAUAUUUGAUGAAAUGGAUAAAAUGCAUGCAGGACUCAUUGAUUCCAUCAAACCGUUCUUGGACUAUUACGAGCAGCUUGAUGGAGUGUCCUAUCGGCGAGCCAUCUUCAUCUUUCUCAGCAAUGCGGGGGCUGAAAAGAUAACAGAGGUGGCAUUAGAUUUCUGGAAAAGUGGAAAGAAAAGGGAAGACAUGGAACUCAAAGACCUGGAAGCUGGAGUGUCUCUGUCUGUCUUCAACAACAAGAAUAGCGGCUUUUGGCACAGCAGCCUGAUCGACAGAAACCUCAUUGAUUAUUUUGUCCCCUUUCUGCCUCUGGAGUACAAACACGUGAAAAUGUGUGUCAGGGUUGAACUUGAAUCACGUGGCUACAUGGUGGAUGAAGAAAUCGUAACCAAAGUAGCUGAGGAGUUGACCUACUUCCCCAAGGAGGAGAAAAUCUACUCUGAUAAAGGAUGCAAAACUGUGUUCACCAAGCUGGAUUUUUACUAUGACUUAUAAUGUUUUACGAUGCUGUGAUCUGCAAAGGAAAAAAUGAACCUAAUCACAAAGUGGAGAAUCCGAAACAUUUCAUUUGUCAAGCACUUUAAAAAAAAAAAAAAAAAAAAAACAUUGUAAUUUCAUUGCCUGAUGUAAAUAAGUGGCAAUACACUUGUCUUUUUAUUCUGGGGGAGCCUUGAAAUAGUCAUAUCCUCAAAAGACGUCAGUCCUAUGCCGAGAAGCUGGGAAAGAACUGUGCAUGGAACAGUCACCCCGUCCAGAGCAUUGUCUAACAGUUCCUAUGGUUUAGCUCAUAUCAUGGAUUGAUUGCUACAACUGUUCAAUGGAACACAGCUAUGUACAUUAGACCUGCAGUUUUAAUUAGGUUUUAAUUUGUAGAAAUGGUUUCCAGAUGGUGCAGAUAUAAAGGCCUUGAUUAAAAUAUUCUGUAAGACCAUUCCU